AUGACAUCACCGCAACUUACACCAGAUUGUCUUGAAGAUGUUUUCGAAUAUUUGAGAAAUGAUAGAUCGUCACUUUUUUCUUGUUUACUCGUUAAUCGACUUUGGUGUCGUCUUGUAAUUCACUUAAUCUGGAGUGAUCCUUUCGCCAUCGAUUCCAGAGAUACCUCUCUGUCCGAUAUUAUACAAACGUACAUUUCUUGUCUUCCAGAUACAUCAAAACAACUCAUCAUUAACAAAAUUAGUAAUACCGAGGAGAAGACGGAUGAAAAAGAAGCAAAUGAUGAUGAUUCCACACUAUUAAAUUUUCAACAACCACUUUUCAUUUAUCCUGAAUAUUUACAAAAUCUUGAUUUGAAAAAUUUCAAUGAUGCUCUCCGAGUGUGGCAUAAGAAACAUGACAAAUCAUUUGAUGAUUCGAUUCCAGAUUUUACCAUUUCAAAAGUUUUAGUUGAUUUCAUUUUUGAGAAAUGUUCAAGUAUUUCUCAAUUAAAUGUUCACAUUUGGGAUAAAUGGAAUAUACCAUUAUCCGAAAUGAACUUUGAUUUAUUAUUUAAAAGAAAGAAUGAAAGAAAUGUUUUAUUUAAUUUAAAAGAUUUUAAAUUUACAUUCCUCGCAAAAGAAAGGUCGGAAGGGUUGCCAGAUUCUCAUCAAAUUAUCGUAAAUUUAUUUAAUACUAUGGAAAGAAAAUCGAACAAUAUUCAAUCAAUGGAAAUCACCUUCAGAUUACAUAAACCACCGGAACAUGUUGAUCGGGUUAUCGGGAACUUAAUUAAGAAGCAAAAAAAUUUAAAAACUUUUAAAACCAAUGAAUAUUGGGAUUCAAAAAAUCCGAUUAUCUAUAACGUUUUGAUGAAUAAGAAUAAUUCUCUAACUUAUUUAAAUUUGAUAAAUCUAACUUACUUUCACGAAUCUUUGAUCGAUGGGUUAUUAGAAUGUAAAAAUCUAGAAACCUUGGAAUUAUCAAGAUGCCCUGAAAUGCCUUCUCAUUAUUUAAACUCUCCUUCAAAUAAUAAUCUCUCUAUUAAAUAUUUAAAAUUUUUUUACUCUACGAGUUUUCAGAUUUUCGAAGAAUCUUUUAUUACUUUACUUCAAAUGUGUAAUAUUAAUCUAAGAAAAUUGGUCAUCAAAGGGGUGACUGGUGAAAUCAUGGACGCCAUCAAUUUAAACAAUUCACAACUCACCCAUUUGUCUCUCUGCGCUCAUCAACAAAUUUUUGAUCCACCACAAACUUUGUCCUCUUUAACAAACUUGACUCACCUUAAGUUAGGCAGUCAUCAAUCGGUUAUUUUUGCAGUUCGUACAUUACCUUAUUUUAUCAAUUCGCUUCCUCCUUCUUUACGACAUUUGUAUUUUAAUUUUGAGAUGAGUCCAUCAGCUUUAAUUUUGUUCUUAGAUAAAUGUAAAAUUCCUUUAAAAAGCAUAGAGUUUCAUCAGGUGGUUGUUAAGGAUAAUAAUGUUAUUGAUGCCAUGAUCAAUUAUAAAAAAUCAAAUCAAGAGAUUUGUGAAGAGAUAAGGUUGUUCAUAAAACAACAUUUUUACUUAAGGUUGGAAGAAGUGAGGGAAUAUAUCAAUGUUAUUAUGGAUGCUUCUAAUACUCAACAAAAUUAUGAUCUUUGGUAG